AUGAUCAAUUCAAGCCUAAUCCUCGAGUGUUUUGCUGGUACUUUACUAACUGAUGUCCAAGCUAGAAAUAACGCAGAGGCAAAGCUUCGAGAGUUGUCUAUACAGCCCGGUUUUCUCGGCUGUUGUUUAGAUAUUCUAGCUCAACCCGAAACACCGGCUCACGUAAAGAAAGCAGCAGCUGUGUAUUUCAAAAACCGAGUGAUUAAAUUUUGGAACAUUAGAGACGAGUCAAGCACACUUCGCAUAGAUAACGACGAGAGACCUGUUAUAAAGGAUCGAUUAUUGCCGGUGAUUCUUGUUUGUGAUUAUCACAUUAAACAACAGUUGAUCCCUGUUUUGCGAUUAUUGAUUUCAUUAGAGUUUGACAGCUGGGACCUGUUAUUGCAACAAACUGGGGAAUUAUUAUCGCAACUGCUGAACUCGGAAGAUCAUUUAUAUACGGCAAUGUUGUGCUUCAAGGAGAUUGCUAGGAAGUUCAAAUGGACUGAUAACCAGGUGAAACAGGCAAAAUUGUACUCCAUUAUUGAACAGGUAUUUCCAUACUUGUUGACAAUUGGAAGUUCAAUCGUGAAGAGUGUCUCUGAUGGGCAAGAAAUAACUGAACUCAAGGCAGAAAUUUUGAAAAUGAUACUCAAGUCGUACAAGUAUGUCACGUACUAUGAUUUCCCCGAGCCAUUACGCACAAGGGACCAGGUGUUUGCUUGGGGUGAAUUCCAUGCAUCAGUGAUCAAUAUGAACCCUCCAACUUAUGUAACUAAUUCUGAUUUAACUGAACAGGAAAAAUCAUUUUUACAAAUCUCCAAGUGUUACAAGUGGGCUGUUGCCAACAUUUUGCGGUUAUUCAUACGAUAUGCCUCAUCAAACACAUUGAGUAGAAAGGUAUCUUAUCAAGAUUUCCAUGAUUUGUUUCUUACUGAGUUUAUUCCCCAUUUCAUUCAGCAAUUUUUAACUAUUACAGAGGAAUAUUGCCAUGGGAAUAGAUGGUUAGGUAUGACUGCCUUGUAUCAACUUCUCGAGUUUUUGAGUCAUUGUGUCGUUGAACAAUCUACUUGGAAAUUGAUUAAACCAUAUUUUGAAACAUUGAUUACUCAUUUAGUAUACCCAGUCAUUGUACCAACUGACCAAAUUUUAGAGAUCUACGAGGAAGACCCUCAAGAAUAUAUCAAUUUAUGUUUUGAUAUCACCGGAGAUUACAACAAUGCUGAAUCUGCGGCGCUAGGGUUUAUCGCCACAGCUUUACACAAACGUAGAAAAUUCUGUUUGCAACCAAUCAUUAAUCUAAUACAAAAUGAAUUGGCCCAAUUGCAGCAAUUUCCAGAGGAAACUUUGGAUGCAGCUAAAAAGAAAGAAGGUUUAUUGAGAAUUUUGGGAAACGUUUCGGGUUAUUUACCCAAGGAUGCAUCUAUCGAACCAAUGUUGUCGUCAUUGGUUAUUCCCAAUUUGAAUUCAAAACAUGAUUUCCUCAAAGCAAGGGCCAUUGAAGUUUGUUCACAAUUUUCGGAUGUGAAUUUCACUAGUCAUCAAACUUUGUCGACAUUGAUUCAUGGCAUUUUGCAAAACUUUAAUGACCAAAAUGUGUCUUUGCCAGUUCAAUUUAACAGUGCAUUGGCCAUACAAGCAUUUAUACCUGUUGAGGAGUUCAAGCAAGUGUUGGCAACUAUUGUUUUACCUACCAUGUCUAAGCUUUUGGAAAUGUCAAACGAAAUUGACAAUGACGCCAUUUCAGUAGUGAUGCAAGAAUGUGUGGAAAAUUUUUCUGAACAAUUGCAACCCUUUGGUGUUGACUUAAUGAGCAAGUUGGUGUCCCAGUUUAUGCGUCUUGCAGUGGAGGUUAAUGAUGCAUCCCAAGUUGAUGUUGAUGAUUUUGACAACAACUAUGAAGAUCAAGGGGAUAAGUCAAUGGCGGCAGUUGGGUUCAUCAAUACCAUGAUUACUGUCCUUCUAUCAUUUGAAAAUUCUCAAGAGAUUUGUAUUAAAUUGGAGGAGAUAUUUUCUCCUGUUAUUGCAUUUGUAUUCACUAAUCAAAUGGAUGAGUUCUAUGCUGAAGUUGGUGAGUUAAUGGAUAAUUCGAUCUUUUUAUUGAGAUCAAUUACUCCCUGCAUGUGGUCAAACUUUGAUUUAUUAUACAAGAGCUUUCAAAAUGGGUCAGCCUUGAUGUAUGUUGAAGAAUUAAUGCCAUGUUUGCAAAACUUUUUGAUCUUUGGUAAGCAAGAGUUGAAGAACAAUGAUGCAUUGGCUAGGUCAAUGUUUACUAUAUUGCAAAUGAUCAUAUCAGAUGAAGAUGAGUUAAGUGUGGCUGAUUUGAAUCUCGCUUUUGAAUUUGCACAAACAUUUGUAUUGACCUUGGAGGAGAAAGCAGCUCCAUUCGUCUCUAAGCUAAUUUCUUUUGAUCUUGAAAAUUUUGACAAAUUAAAAAACAGGAAAUUAACUAGUGCUUUUGCCGUUAAUUCAUUUAAUGUUAUUGUUGCAUCGUUAAUUUACAACUGUCAGGGGGUAAUCAUGUUGCUUCAACAAUCCAACCACUUGGUGGAUUUCUUCAACAAAUGGUUUGAAAUGAUUCCACAAUUAUCAAGAGUGUACGACUUAAAGUUAUCAUUGUUGGGUUUGAUAAGUUUAUCUAAGGUUGAUACGUUACCCCAAGAGAUUGUGCAAGAGAUUUCUCACAAGUAUGUAAAAGUACUAAAACUCUUAUCAACAGCUAUUCCUGAAUUAGAGAAAAAGAGAAAAGACAUCGAUGGUUUGAAUGGUGAAAACCAAGCUUUCCAUUCAUCAGCUAGUUUCGGCAAUGAUGGUGACGAUGAAUGGGAAGAGGAUUUUGAUGAUAUCGAGGCUAAUGAAGCAGGACAUGAGGAUCAUGUUGGUGGUGGCGAUGGAGAAGACGAUGCAGAUGAGGAUGCUAUUCGUCAAUAUACAGAAUUUCUUGAAGCAGAAAAUGCAGAUUUGGCGCAUCUGGGAUUUUACAAUGCCAAUGACGAGGAAAUCUUUGAGGAUCCAUUAGCAACUACGCCCUUGGAUGAAGUCAAUAUAUUCGAGGCUUUCAAAUUGUAUUUACAUGAUCUUCAACAGAAUAAUGUGAACCACUUCCAAAGGUUAUUUGGUAAUUUGAGUGAAGACGACCAAAAGUUGAUAGUUGAUUUGAUUAACAUGUAA